AUGCUAAUCCAUUACGGAGUACGCCCCCACGAAUGCAGCACAUGCAAUAAGACAUUCACAACAACAAGUGAUCUGAAAACUCACAUGCUGCUGCACAAUGGAGUACGCCCUCAUGAAUGCAAUACAUGCAAUAAAACAUUCAGACUAUUAGGUAGUCUGAAAAGCCACAUGGUCACUCAUAGUGGUGAGCGCCCCCACGAGUGCAACAUAUGCAAUAAGACAUUCACACAAUUAGGCAGUUUGAAAAGUCAUAUGCUCAUUCAUAGUGGGGAGCGCCCCCAUGAAUGCAGGAUAUGCAAUAAGACGUUCCAAGUAUCAAGUCAUUUGAAAAGACACAUGCUGAUACACAGUGGAGUACGCCCCCAUGAAUGCAAUGUAUGCAAUAAGGGAUUCACACGAUUGAGUACUAUGAAAAAACACAUGCAGGUACAUGACAGAGUAUCCUUAAAUGAAAAGAAUGAUGAAAAUCAAUGA